AUUGGCUGGAAGAAAUUACCGAGAUUUCCUGAACGAGAUCGACAAUGUCCACGAGACCAUAAGGUUCUCACACCCCAAGAUGCAGAGUCCUUCCUUCAUCGUGCAAGCCGAGGACAGACAGGGCUGCAUUCUCAUCUACCGUUCCAUGCGUACCGGAUUUACCUACUACGUCAUUGGGCAGUUGAUGCAGUGCGCCAAAAUGUUUUUCAAUGUGGAUGUGGAGAUUAAAGUUCUGGAGGAAAUCAUCACAGAGAAGGGAUGUCACGUGACUUUCAGACUAAAUUUUGACAACAUUGGAUACACGGCCCCUGGAGAGCCACGAAGCCGGGGAACCCAGCUGGCAGCUUAUCCAGAUGUGAAAAGUUCGACUUUUUUCAAGAUAUUUCCCUUCUGUCUGGUGUUUAACUCCAAGAUGAAGAUCAUUGGGUGUGGCGGAAACCUGGCCAGUCUUUUGCGGUCCCAGGAACUGCUGGGUUCAGAUGUCAAGGACAUGUUUUGUCUGCGACGCCCUCUAGUGGAUUUUACAUGGACAAAUACAAUGUGCCUGCAGAAAGUGAUCUUUGAAAUCGAGUGGAUCAAAGAUAACGCUUGCAGUGCUAAAGAUGCGGUCACUACUAAUUUUAAAGCCUGCAGGUUUGGCGAGGAGAGAGCCACCAACACAAAGAGGCUGCUGCUGCGUGGACAGAUGAAGUACAUUCAAGACUGGGACGCCAUGGCCUUCCUCUGCACUCCUCUCCUAGGGAACUUGGACGACAUGCUGAAGGCUGGUCUGUACCUGCACGACCUCAACAUGUUCGACAGCAGCCGGGACCUGGUUCUGGCCGGCCAGCAGUGCGCAUCGGACCUGGAGUACACUAUGGAGAAGCAAAUCGCCUGGUCGAAGCAGAUCGAGGAUACCCUGCAGAAACUGGACAUUGCCCGGCAACAGAGCGAUAAUCUCAUUAACUCUAUGCUGACCAAAAGUGUUGCUGACCGCCUCAAGAGAGGCGAUGACGCGGUGGAUACUUGUGAGGCUUUCGCCGAAGUGACUAUCUUGUUCAGCUAUUUGGUGAGAUUUGCCGACAUCUGCACAGAAGGUUCGCCCAUGCAAGUUGUCCAGUGUAUUCAGAACGUCACCGAAGUCUAUGACAAACUCGUGGAGAAGUAUAAACUGUUUAAGGUUGAGACGCUCGGUGACGGAGUCUACAUGGUGGCCGGAGGCGUGCCCGAUAAAUGUAGUGACCACGCCGAGAAGAUGGCCGGCCUUGCUUUGGAGAUGGUGGAGAACGCGAGGCACGUGAAAAACCCGAUCACCGGAGUCGGGAUGCAAGUCAGGAUUGGUAUGCAUACAGGAGGAGUGGUGGCAGGAAUUGUCGGAAAGAGGACGCCCCAGUAUUGCCUGUUUGGCGAUACCGUGAACACAGCAGCCAGAAUGCAGACAAACAGCGAGCCAGGAAGAAUCCACCUGACCCAGCCCUGUCGUGACUGCCUGAAAGAGACAGGCUACGUUACUGUCUACAGAGGAAAGAUCCAUGUCAAGGGUAAAGGAGAGAUGAGAACUUACUGGCUGGCAGGCAGACAAGGAGAGCAGUCCACUAAAGAUAUGUGCAAACUUCUCAGACAAGAGCAUUUCAAAAAGAAACAAAGGAAAGCAGAGAACCCGUUUGAUUUCCACUCCAUCCACAACUCCACCUCUACAUCCAGUUUUAUCACCAUCAGCGACUUAAGCGAUGAGGAGGAACAAGAACUGGAGCAGACACUACAGUCCGUGAUUGGGGAGGCAUAG